UAACUAAAAAAUUGGAUCAUUGAAUGUCGAAGCUGGUAUUUCCGGAGACACGCUGUAAACAAUCAAAUUUUAUCAUAUUUUAUGUCACGAUCUAAAUUUUGGACACAUUCUAUAUUAUGAAAUUUCCUUGAUGACUAAAUUGUAAUGGCUGAUGAUAGAGCAGAUACUCCUUCUGGUGCGGCAACACCUAAAGGAAAGCUUGAGUCAUUGUCUAAAGAGGAUCUCGUCAAAUUUGUGAAAAGACAAACUAUUUUGUUGCAGAAAUCAAAAGUUAAAAAUUCAGAACUUGAAAAUAAGGUGCAAGAGUUGGAAAAAAGUCAACAAGACUCCAGUGAUAAUGCAGAUCUAAACAAUAAACUCAAAGCUCUUGAAGAAGAAAUACAAGAAUUAAACAAAGAGAAGCAGGAAGUAGUGCUUGCUUAUAAUGCAGUACAAAGCAGUCAAGAAACAUGCGCAGAGCAAAUAAAAAAAUUCGAAGAACAGUGUAUAACUCUUCAGAAAGAAAAAGAUGCUUUACAUGACAAGUUUGUUCAGUGUGACAAAAUAAAUAAGAAUUUGCUUGAAGAAAGUGAAUGUUUAAAGAUGAAAAAUGAAACAUUGACGUCCACACUUCAGUGUUUACAGCAGGAAUUCUCUUUAGCCUCAGAUUCAAAUAAACUUCUUAUUUCAGAAAAAUCUUCCCUACAGAUCAAACUGGAAGACUUAGAGGAAGAAGCUUUAUCUUGGAAGACAGAGAAGGAAUCAUUACUAAAAGAUGUCUCUAAUUCCAGCUCACUGAAUGAAAAGUUCAUGGAAGCUGAGAAAGAAAAUAAAACACUCAGGACCAAGCUGGAGUUGAUGUCCAAGCUCAAUGAUGAACUCACUGAUAAGUUGGACAAGAUGGAAUCCAACAAUGAGCAGAGGAGAGAACAGAUUGACCUCCUGCAGGCAGAGAUCAACAGGCUGCACUCUCUAGAAACAGAGACACAGUCUCUAUGUGUCAGGUUGGAGGAGGCAGAAAAACUGGUGGAGCAACUGAAAAGUAGUUCUGUCUCAUCCAACUCUGAAAAAAAUGAGGCAUCUGAACAAAUCCAGUCUCUUGUUCAAGAAAUUGAAGCCUUUAGGUCCAAAGAGCAGCAGAAUAAAGAUGAUUUCAUCAACAUGGAAACAAAUCUCAAAACUGAAAUAGAGAAGUUAAAACUAGAGAAAGAGGAAAUACUUGCUACCAAUCUACAGUUGAAGACUGAUUUGGAAAGAGCUAAUUUGGACAAUUCUAAGCUAGAGCAAAGUUUGAAAGAUCUAGAAGAAUGCACAAUGAGUGAUGAGAAUAAAAGUGCUGAUGACUUGGAGUCUCAGCUGAAAGAGAAGCAAAAGAUGUUAGAUUCUUUACAAAAAGAACUGUCAGAGAUGAAAUUAAAGUUAUCUGAUAGUGAGGCUAAGCCUAACACUGAAGGCAAUAAUGAUGUCGUCCAGACAUUAAAGCAAGAGCUUGCUAAUGCUCAAAGGAGAAUAUCAGAGUUAGAGUCUGCUAAUGGGCCUGGGGCGUCAGAGGAGAUGGGGUGGUCAGAUUUGCCUGACAUUCAAGAAGAAUCUGAGAAAGACUCGCAGGAUGAACAAGCGAUGGUGAUUUCUCAACCAACAAAGAAGGAAAUGACCCAAAGUGAAGAGAAUGAUGCUCCUGUGUUUGUUUACACAGAGAGGAUAGAAAAAAUUAUCAAAGUAUCAAAUCAUGUUGUGGAGGAGACCACUGGGGAGCUUUCCAGGAUUGAAACUCUGAAAGCCAAGAUCAUUGAGCUGGAGAAGGAAAAGACUUCUCUAAGUCUAGCCCUGGAAGAGGCUCAAAUCAAAGGACAAGUUACUCUUUCUGGUGCUAGCAGUGACCUUGAUCUUAAAUACACAGAGAUCAUUGGCAAGCUGCAGGAUCAAAAGCAGCAUUUGGCUGAGAAGCUGGCUGUCUUGGGGGACAGACAAGAGACAUUGACAUUUGAGUUGGUAGAGAUGCAAGCUGAAAGAGAGAGCAUGAAAUCAGAGCUGGACUCCCUCCACAGGCAGCUUCAGGAAUGGGAGAACAUGAUGUCCAUGCUGAAGGAAGAGAAGGAUAGCCUGGCCCAAGAACUUGAGGAGUCUGCCAACAAGGAUGCUGCUCUGAGAAAAGAACUGGAGUUCCUCCUGUCCUCCUUGAAUGAGGCCAUUACAGAACGGGACACCUUGCAGGAUGAGGUGUUCAAAUUGUCCCAGCAUGAGGACUCAGCCCAGGGUGACGUAAAAGAGAUGAAGGGCAUGAUUCAGGACAUCAUCAUGGAAAGGAACUCUUUGCUUGCAGAGCUGGACUCUGUUCUGUUUGCCAAGGCAGAGGUGGUCAGUGCACUUGAAGCUCUCAAGCAGGAAAAAGAGGACAUUGAAAGGGAGAAAGAGACACUGCUGGUGAGGCUUCAUGUUGGGGAGGACUUGCACAAUAGCUUUAAAGAAGAGAAUGAAGGACUACUAGAGAAAUGCUUAACACUGGAAACGACUAUUGAAGAUCUUCAGCAACAGAUGCAUCACAUUUCUGAAACUACGAUCAACUCUACAGAAAUAAUAGCACAAACAGAUGACUCAGAGAAAACUGCAGACUUAGAAAGUCAGGUAGAGAAUAUAUCAGAAAGUAAUGAUGUAGUGAAAAGCACAAUGGAUGAUUCUGUUCACAUUGAGUCAGAUGGUGCUCACAGUCAGCUCAUUUCAGAUCUGCACAGUAAGCAGGAGGAGCUGCAAUGUUCACAGGAUCAACUGUUCUCUGGAAAGCAGAAUCUAGAAGAUGAAAUUCAGAGUCUCAUCUCAUGCAGAUCAGAAGCUGAGGAAGCAAUAAAGAAACUGAGCAAUGAAUUAUUGGGAAAAGAAGAAGAAAGAAAACUAUUGGCAAACUCUCUUGAGGAAACAAUGAGCAAGCUUGGAAUUUCUGAUCAGAAAAUUGAACAGUUGUUGGAAGAGAAGAAUCAGCUGAUCCAAGAAUUGAAGUUUGCUAAAGAGAACCAUCAAGAAUGGGAUUUAUUGAGAAAACAGUUUGAGGAUGAGUUAGGAGAAGCCAAAUUGUUGGUGACAAAAUAUCAGCAGGAGGUUUCAGAGCUGAGGGCCAGUCUGUGUGAGUCUCAGAGCUCUUUGCAGCAAAAAGACGCUGAGCUUGCGUUGAGUCUUCAAGAGAAAUCUGAUCUUGUGAUAACACUGGAAGAUCUGCAGACAAAGCUUAGCCAACUGGAAACCGAGCACAAAAAUGCUACAGGCCUGGAAGAAGGUUUGAUAUCAGAAAAGCAGACACUUUUGGCUAGCAUUGCAGAAAGCCAAGAAAAAAUUCAGAUGUACCAAGAGAAGAAUGCAGCCCUGGAACAGGAGCUGUCUCAGCUUAGAGAGUCAACAGCCUCAUCACAGCAGUCCAGCUCUGAGCUCCUUGUACAGCUGCAGCAGAACCAAGCACAGUUGGUAAAUGUUAAGGAGAGUCUAAAUAAUGCCCAGGCUGAUUUGGAGAAAGAGAGGCAUAAGGCAGACUCUCUGGAGCAGGUGCUGGCAGAUCUCAAGGCAACCCAUGAGACUGGAUCUCAAGAUAUGCAAGCCAAUCUGGUUCAGGUGACUGAGGAGAAAAACCAGCUGGUGGAAACUUUGCAUCAACAAAAGCUUCAGUUUUCAGAACUGGAGACAAAAUUGAAUGAAAUCCACUCAACAUUCCAAGAAAAAUGUAAAUCAAUGGAAGAAGAAAAUUCUAAACUUAUCAGUGACAAGAACAUUUUACAAGAGGAGUUCCACCAAAAAUCUGAAGAGCUGCAAGUAAGAGAUGUUGAGUUGUCUGCCUUAAAACAAAUGAUAGAGUCUCUCAAUACCAACAAUCAAGUACUAACAAAUAAAGAUGAUUCUAUGUCUGGACAAGUUGUGGGGCAUGAAGAAUCAACAUCAAACAAGAAGGACAUCUCCCAAAUAUUGACAGCUUCAGAAGAAUUGAAAUCUCAACUUUUAUCUAAGUUGGAGCAAUUGCAGAAAGAACACUCAGAGCUCUUGGCUCAAUUAAAACUUUCUGAAACAACUGUUGUAGAACUGAAGCUUCAUCUAGAAACAUCUAGCACAAAGUUUGAAGAAUUAAAUGUGAAUUAUCAGAGUCAAGUGCAUGAAAAUGAGAGUUUAUCAUCAACUUUGAAAGUCUUGAGUUCAGAAAAAGAGAAUUUAGCAUCACUUUUGAAUGAAUUAAACUUAGAAAAAGAGAGUCUGGCAUCAGAUUUGAAAGAACUAAGUUUAGAAAAAGAGAACCUAGAAACAACUUUGAAAGACCUAAGUUUGGAAAAAGAGAACCUAGAAACAACUUUGAAAGACCUAAGUUCAGAAAAAGAGAAUCUAGCAUCAUUUUUGAGUGAAUCAAACUCAGAAAAAGAGAGUCUGGCAUCAACUUUGAAAGAAUUAAGUUCAGAAAAAGAGAGUCUAGAAACAACUUUGAAAGACCUAAGUUUAGAAAAAAAGAAUCUAGCAUCAUUUUUGAGUGAAUCAAACUCAGAAAAAGAGAGUCUGGCAUCAGCUUUGAAAGAAUUAAGUUCAGAAAAAGAGAGUCUAGAAACAACUUUGAAAGACCUAAUCUCAGAAAAAGAGAAUCUAGCAUCAUUUUUGAGUGAAUCAAACUCAGAAAAAGAGAACUUAACAUUCAAAUUGAAAGAAGUGAGUUUAGAAAGAGAAAGUUUAACAUUUACUUUGAAAGAACUAACAGCUGUUAAAGAGGAGCUGGAAAUGAAGCUUCAAGCCUCUAGUGUUGAAAUAGAAGACUUGAAGCAGACACUGGCUGAGGUGGAGAAAUCUGUGAAUUCUAAAGACAGAGUUGAAGAGUUCAAGGUGAAGCUGUUGUACAAUGAAGGAGAGGUCAAGGCUGACUCAGUGGUCAAACAAGAUGCUGUCCAGACUUCUAGUGAGAGCCUUGCAAAUCUUGAAGCUUUGAGGAAAGAGCUGGCUGAGAAAGAAAAACUUAAUAGCAAACUCAAGCAGUUGGCCAUCAAGGCAAAGAAAGAACUAGGAGAAAAACACGCUGAGCUAGAAGCAGUGCUGAAGGAGCUCAAGCUAGUGACCAAACGUAAGGAAGAACUCGAGCAAGCCAUGGAAUCAAUACAGAGACAGUCUGGGGAAGCUUCUGACUCACUAUCACAACAGUUGAAAACUUUACAAGACAAUUACAAGAAACUGCAGGCUAGUUUAGAUGUCGUACAAGAUGAAGCAGAGAAAGCUAAAGAAGACAGGAAGCAGGCCAACAAGGACAUUGAGCAGUUGGUCACACAGUUAGCAGAUUUGAAAGGUCAGUUGGCAAGCAGUAAAGAGGAGAGAGAAAGUUUACUCCGACAGAUUGACACUCUCAAAGCAGAUUUAAAAGGGAGAGAUGGAAGUUGUGAUGAGUUGCGAACAAAACUGAAAGCAUCAGAGACAGAGCUGUAUGUUGUGAGGCUACAACUGGAAGACAUCAAUAAAGAGAAACAAACUUUGGAGCACAAAAUGGCUGAAGCUGAAGCCAAAUGGAAGUCAUCAGAAGAAGACUACAAGUCACAGAUAACUAAAUUGGAAGUGUGCAUGAAAGAUCUACAGGAACAGCUCAUGUCUGCUAGACAGUCAAUGAAACAAAACAGCAUGCUGGACCUGGAGAUGGCUGACUAUGAGCGCACUUUAUCUACACUUCACAAUCAGGUAGAGGAGAGGGACAGGAAAAUUGAGGAGCUAAAGGCAGAGCUGGACAAACUUGACCAGAGGAUCACUCUCAUGCAGACUCAAAUCAGUGCAUCUGAAGAGCAAAGAGUUCAAGCAGAUGCUAGAGCCAACAAGCUCAAGUCACUGUUGGUUAAAACUAAAAAAGAAUUGUCUGACGCUCGCCAGCAGGAAAUAACACAGAAGUCUUCAGAACUUCAGCUCAAAGCACAACUAGAAGAAAUGAUCCAACAAAAUGAAGAGCUCAAGGUCCAGAUAUCAGAUUUGACAGUGGAGAGCCAAAAAUUGCAGGAUAAGGUUAAAGGUCAAAAUGAAAAUAGUGCACGCACUGUAAAAUCAUUAGAAUCUAAAGUAGAUUCCUUGACAGAAGAGCUUCAGAUGACCAGAAGAGAGCUGGAGAUUAUUCAGGCAGACUAUGACAAUUAUAAGGUGCGAGCACACAAUGUUCUGAAACAACAGAAGGCAAGGAGUCCUUCUGAUGCCACUGUUGAGGUGGAUAAACAAGAGAGAGCCAGAUAUGAGAAUGCCAUUGACCAGCUAAAAGGAAAACUCCAAGAGGCCUAUGACAAAUUAGAAUUGUCAAGGAAAGAUUUGGAACUAUUACAAAAUGAACAUGACCACUUAGCACAAAGGCAUUCCAAACUGAUCAGUGACUUGGAAGACAAAGAAACUCACUUUAAAUCAAGGUUGGAAGAACUACAGAAAGACAAAAACAGCUCAGUCAAUGAGCUGAUGGAGAAAAUCACCAGUCUGGAAGUCCAGAAAACAUUUUUAUCACAGAAACAUAAGGAACAUAUUGUCAGACUGAAAGAUGACCAUGAGAGUGCAAUAGAACUACUUCAGAAGCAGAUGGAGGUUUCUGAAAUGGAUAACAUUCGCUUGCAACGGGAGAUACAGAGCCUCCAGCGUAGCCUAAAAAAUAGAGAGGAGGCAGGAGGAGAGCACUCCUCUCCACAUGACUUCCAUCCUAUCACAGUGCACCCUGGUGAGGAGAGACAGGAAGGGGAGGGAUCAGAAGUUGUUGAUACAGAACCUGUCAGGUUGCUCAAACCAAGUGCCCAGCCACCAGCAUUUACAUUUGAACAGCUUAUUGCCACUCCCAUGAAUGAACUACCUGGUAUGAAGUCACCCCCACCACAGGUAGACGAGGAGACAUUGAAGAUGAAUUUGUCUGUUUCACAAAAGAAAAUAGAACACCUGACAGAGUUACUAAGCGAGAGUGAAGCGUCUGUCUCAAUGUUAACUGAACAAGCCAGAAUACUGAAAGAAGAAAUCAGAAGACUGGAAAGAAACAUAGAAAGAGAAAGAGAAACCCAGAACAUGGAGUAUCUCAAGAAUAUAUUUUUACAAUUUGUGUGUCCAAAAGUUGGAGAACAGAGACAGCAGCUGGUGCCAGUCUUAGCCACAAUGUUGAAACUAAGCCCAGAGGAGAAAGCCAGAAUAGUAGCUGUUGCACAAAGUGAUGAAGGAGGUCAACAAGGUGCCCAGGGAGCAGGAUGGGGGGCAUAUCUCCACAGGUGGUCUGGACUGACUUGAGGAACCUUCUGGACAAGACAGUGUUGUACAUACAUGCCAAAUCUAUUUAUUUUGUUAUUUAUUCCCUUUGUUUUAUGUUGGAAAAACUUGACAAUGUAAUCAACUUAUAAUGAUACAACCCUAGCACUGUACAUACUUUGAUGGGCUUUAGUUGUACAUAGAAAUGUAAAAUUGUUUGCUAUUUUUUACAAGUUGUGACCAGUGGCUUUCAUAACAUUUGGAUAACUAAUGGUGUAAUAUUUCUUUGCUAUUUGUAUAUAAACUAAAUUUAUGUUCAUAUCAAAUCAUAUGCUUCUCUCAUGUUAACCAGAUUAACAUUUCAGACCAUACAAAUAGUUUGUUUUCUUUUUUAUUUUAUUAUCUAAUGGCUGAGAGGUUAUUUCUAAUCAUAUCGGCAUGGUAGCUGGUUAUAUUUAUUAGUUUAAAGCAUAAAUAUUAAUGAUUGUCAGGGGAAAUAAAAUACCUCUUUUAGAUAUUCCAAUCUUUAGGAUUUAUGAUGUAUAAUGUUUGAUGGUUAACAAGGGUGUCAUGUGUCCAGCACAAUGGCCAACUGCUCUUACUACCCCAGAAUAUGCCAGGUACCCAUUAGAGUUGGGUGGACUCAGUGUGGUCCUAAAAAAUACUGAAAUUCUAAAUUUAGGUGGGUGAUCAUGAACCUGUUUAAGGAACAUUGUAAAAUUGUGCAAAUUACAGGUUGCAUGCUAAAGGGGAAGAACCUUUACCACUAUAAUGAAUUACAGAAGACUAAUUACUGCUAUUAGACCAAAUACUAGAGCAGAUUUACUCUAGAACAUUAUUCCUUGUUAAGUUCAUUGUAAACUAAAUAAUGGCAUAAGUAUUAUCAUUCUAUUAAACAUAGUUAUAAAAAUGUCUAAUUUAGUCACAUUUUCCCAUUUUGUAUGAAAAAUUUGUCUGGUUCAUCAAAAUUAUGUCUAGUGUCUGCAGUGUGUCUGUUAAAACAAUGUUUAUUUCAUGUUUAGUUUUGUAUCUAUCUGCUGUUUUAAUGAAGAUAUAGAAGCUCUUUGAAACAAAAGUGUAUUGAUGUCUUUCAGAGAAAGUAAUGUCCCUCAAGUUUAUGUUGGGGUGAGCAGUAAGGCCAUUAUUGUGUCAACUUGACUGACAUGUUAUCAACAUUCCUGACUUGACUUUGUGACACACUACAGUGUUACCAUUGACUCAUGGUUUUGUUUUGAACAUUUCAAUCAAUAUUUAUCUAUAGACUGACUUUGACAUUUAUCUAUUUACGCUCAUUGAAAACAGUUAUUUGACUUCUUCAAAUGUUCUUGUUUUAUGAAAUAAAAUUUUCAAAAAUAUGCGGGAAAAACUUUUAUAAAAUAAAAAUAUUUGAUUUCUUUCUAAA